UUCACUCUCUUAUGAUUAUCAUUUUCUAUCUUUUAAUAGAAAAAUCGAUUUUAUUGGGGGAUAAAUUUUUAGGUUUCACAUGCACAGCAAGUAAAAUCCAACCGGAAAAAAGGAAAUCUCUAAAAUCUACAGAUCUGGAAAUACUUUGAUUUUCCUUUCGUAAUUAUGCGGAGGCCGGGGCUGCAUAGGCAGCAUGGAAAGCAAGGAGGUGGAGGUGGAGGAGCAAAGGGAAUUUAUGCUAAACUAAUCAUUGCCGUUGUGGUGCUUUUGGUCUGCAUGCUCUCGCUUUUGUUUUCGGCUACAAUUAGCGGAAAUCGCGGAUCUCUACAGCAUUCUGAGAUCAAUGCAGAAGAACUUUGGGAAAGUGCCAAGUCUGGUGGAUGGAAGCCUUCAUCCGCACCACGAUCUGAUUGGCCCCCUCCUCCAAGGGAAACUAAUGGUUAUCUUCGAGUCCGUUGCAAUGGUGGUCUGAACCAGCAACGCAGUGCGAUCUGUAAUGCAGUGCUUGCUGCGCGGAUUAUGAAUGCCACGCUUGUGCUGCCUGAGUUGGAUGCAAACUCCUUUUGGCAUGAUGAGAGUGGCUUCCAAGGUAUCUAUGAUGUUGAGCAUUUUAUCCGGACAUUGAAGUAUGAUGUACGAAUUGUGGAAAGCAUACCUGAAAUCCGAAAAAACGGUAAAACCAAGAAGAUAAAAGGGCAUCAGCUUCACCCUCCGAGGGAUGCUCCUAUCGAAUGGUAUACAAUGGUUGCUCUCAAGAAAAUGCAGGAACAUGGUGCUAUUUAUCUAACUCCCUUUUCACAUCGUCUUGCUGAAGAAAUUGACAAUCCUGAGUAUCAACGCUUGAGAUGUAGAGUUAACUAUCAUGCUUUGAGGUUCAAGCCAAACAUUAUGAAGUUAAGUGAGUCAAUAGUUGAUAAACUCCGGGCACAAGGACAUUUCAUGUCAAUACAUCUUCGUUUUGAGAUGGAUAUGCUAGCAUUUGCUGGGUGCUUUGAUAUUUUUAACCCAGAAGAGCAAAGUAUAUUGAAGAAGUAUAGGAAGGAAAAUUUUGCAGAUAAAAGGCUUGUGUACAAAGAAAGAAGGGCCAUUGGGAAAUGCCCACUAACUCCAGAAGAGGUUGGUCUUAUCUUGCGUGCUAUGGGAUUUGACAAUUCUACCCGGAUAUACCUAGCAGCUGGUGAAUUAUUUGGAGGAGAGCGUUUUAUGAAACCUUUUCGGGAUCUGUUCCCUCGCCUUGAGAAUCACACUUCUGUAGACUCUUCAGAGGAACUGGUUACGAACACUCGUGGGUUGUUAGGCUCUGCUGUUGAUUACAUGGUCUGUCUUCUUUCUGAUAUUUUUAUGCCAACGUAUGACGGGCCUAGCAACUUUGCUAACAAUCUGCUAGGUCACCGACUCUAUUACGGUUUUCGAACUACAAUUAGACCUGACAGAAAAGGUCUUGCUCCAAUAUUCAUUGAUCGAGAGAAUGGAAGGACAGCCGGUUUCAAACAAUCUGUUAGGCAUGUCAUGCUUAAAACAAACUUUGGUGGACCUCACAAGCGGGUGCCACCUGAAUCUUUUUAUACAAAUUCUUGGCCGGAAUGCUUCUGUCAAGUAUCACCUAAAAAUCCUGCUGACAAGUGCCCACCUGAUAAUGUUUUGGAAAUUCUCGACAACCGAUUGGAGAACGAAGACCCAGAAACGUUGGCUGAAAAGAAUUCAUCCAGUAUGACAGAGAGAUGAGAAUUUGCUUUAAACUUUUGCUGUGGUAUUAUCGGUAUAUAUGCUCCUAGAAAACCGGAGGAAGAAAUUGGUUUGUCUGGCCUCGUUGAGCUGUUCAGGUAAUCUUCAUAACUGAUGCCUUUCUCUUAAUGCAUUAUUUAAGUAAUUUUUGUCAGUCCAUAAAUGACUCCUAGUGUUCUCUACUACAUUUGUUUUAGAGUAGUUUAUCAAUUUCAAUGAAAACAUCCGGGGAAAAUUGUACUGAACAGUUGGCUAAAAAUGAAAGUUGUUCCGCUUAAACAACUUCAAAUGCAU